AUGCAGCACCGUCUGAUUACCUUCAUUUGUAAGAAUCCUCCAAAUGAGUCAGGAACACCAUCAAAAAAGUAAGUGGUAGACUACCAGUGAUUUUACACAUUUUGCCUGCAGUUAUAUGUAAUCUAGGUACUUAUUGGAGUCAGGAACACCAUCAAAAAAGUAAGUGGUAGACUACCAGUGGUUUUACACAUUGUGCCUGCAGUUAUAUGUAAUCUAGGUACUUAUUGGAGUCAGGAACACCAUCAAAAAAGUAAGUGGUAGACUACCAGUGGUUUUACACAUUGUGCCUGCAGUUAUAUGUAAUCUAGGUACUUAUUGGAGUUAGGAAUUAGAAAGUCAGAUCCUUUAAUGUACCUGUCUUCUAAGUGUGAAUCAGCUUUAACAGAUGGGCUUUUUGUUCUUUUCUCAUCUUAGGGAGAAAAAAGGAGGCCGCAAAGACAAGCAGAAAGGGCAACAAAAUGGUGAAACUAGUCCAACACACAAUCCCAUGCAGCCAGGAGAAAAUGGAAUUGAAAACCCUGACUUUAAAAAUGUAUGUGCCUUCACAUUGUGCACUGUAUUUUCAAAAUUUGAUGUAAAUAGUUAAUUGGAUGAAAAUGUCAACAUAUAAUUUUAGAGGCAACUCUUUGUCUCAACCAUAUCAAUGCACUGUUUGUGCUGGUUUCUCCCUCAUUUUUAACAUUCCUACUGUUUGUUUGUGUUCUAUGUUUGUUAAUAGGCUGCUGCAGCAGCUGAUGAUGAUUGGAGUGUUGACACAAGUGAUGCUGCUGUUCAAGAACGAAUGGGUACUCUAACAUCGGGAGUGAAAGGUUUGGCAUUGACCAAUGAUACUGAAAAGCCUCAGGAGGAGCGCUUCAAUAUCUUCUACAACUUUGUCAAGGUAAUAAUGAACAUAAUAAUGAAUAGUAUGGAAUUCCCAUGCUACAAGUUUCAGGAUGUUUUUCAGUUAAUGUUCUGCUCGCGAACAUUUCUGCUCACCCUUGUGUCCUAUAGAAUGACUAUUUUGUGUUAAAGUUUUUUCACUAAUAACUGUUUUGGCAUGUCAGUAUUGUUAAAUCAAUUUACACUGUGCUACUGCUCUCUGCUAGGGUAAUAGGCAAGAUCAGCUCAUCUAUGCCACUCCAUUUACUUUUUGUUUUACAGAAAAGGAAGGAAACUAACAUAGACAAAAGUGUCAUCGCAGAGAUUGUUGCAGAAGCAGACAGGCUAGAUAUUAAGGAUAAGGGAGUACUAGCUCUCAGUGAAGUUCUGUUUGACAAGAACAUGCUUGAGGAAAUCCCUAAAUUUCGUAACCUGUUUCUUAGGGUGAGCUCUUUUGUUUUAAAUUGUUAUAAUGCUCUGAAGAUUUCUUUGCGAGGUUUCAUUUAGAAUUUGGAAUUCAAAUGAACCCAUUUCCGCUUCUUAAUAGUCAUAUUUCAAGUGUUUGACUCCCUUUGAGAUGUUUUACGAGGUUUUGCCUUUUUCAGUGUAAAUGACAUGGCUUGCUUUUUCACCCAUAAUUUUUUUUAAAUGUAGUUUCUAAAUGGAAACCACAAGGCCCAGAAGUAUAUGCUGGGUGCAUUUGAACUGCUUGUUGGACAGUCAUUUCCUGCAGACCUGAUGCCAAAGGCUGUUCGCAUUCUAAAAGCACUUUAUGAUGCAGAUCUUUUGGAGGAAGAAGUUAUCUUGCAGUGGGGUGAGAAGGUAAAUGAGCACAGAUCAUUACUCUCUUCCGGAUACAUAAUUAUAUCAUUCCAUUUGAAGCCUUUAAUUUUCCAAUAGGUGUAGACACAUACUGCUUAAAAACUGCUAUGUAUGGAUUUAAAAUUUUGCAUUUUUUCCUGAAAAUUUAUUUUAGGGGCAUUCAAAGCCAAUCCUAAUAGCGGUUUUGUUUUCUUUUCAGGUUUCUAAGAAGUAUGUGAGUAAGGAGGUGUGCUCUCAGAUCCAUGAGAAGGUGGCUCCUUUCAUUAAGUGGCUAAAAGAGGCAGAAGAAGAGGAUUCUAGUGAAGAAGAGGAAGGAGAGGAAGAGAUUGAAGUUGUCUAUGACAACAAGGCUCAGCAGCUGAAAGCUCAGGCUGACAAUAAAGUGGUCGAAGAGGAUGAUGAUGACCUAGACAUUGAUGCUAUUUAAAUAUCUCUCCUUCCUUGGAUGGAUAUCAAAAUAUUUUUAUUAUUAUUAAGCUUUUGUAGAACAAGGCUUGCUAGAAAUCCAUGUUUAGCUUACUUGGGUUUGUGUUUUUUGUGGUUUCCAAUGAGGAAUGCAUAUUGAUAACAUUGAUUCAAUAUAUUCACGGUUCAUCUUAAUGAAAAUUUGUGGGUAAUUUAAUAUUAAGGAUUUUCAUUGUGCAUGGAAGAAUUGUUUCUCACACUAGUGACUUCAUAGUCCAUUAAAUUGUAAAUCAGUUAGCAUGUUGGAUUAGAAUGAGUUUGAUGUAAGCUGGCAAUCAAUGAAAACAGCAAUUUAAAGAAGCAAUAUGCCUGUUUUGUGUUUUCAUUUCAAUGAACUUUGAAAACACCCUUGGGAGAGAGUAUUUUUGUUGACAUUUUUUGUUAGAAUCAAAUAUUUCUGUAAAGGAGAUUCAACAAUUUUUUUUUUUGACAACUGUAAGAGGUUGGUUUGUUCCACUUAUAACAUUGUCGAGCUCCAACUCACGAAAUAAACAAUCCAUGACACUGAAAGUGUUUUUGUUUUUCAAAUUACUUUUUAUGUAUGACGUUCAGUAUAAUGCUAUUAUUACAUUAUGUUUAAAAAGCACUACUUCAGAAUCAUUAUGCUGAAUAUUGAACAAACGCUGCAUAAAAGUUAAUUACUCUCUGUAAAGUAUUUACCAGUUAUACUAAGAUAUCUUAUGAAUCUUCUCUCCCCAAAAACUCUGGUCUCUAGUAUUCAUGCUCUCUUAAAACUUGGCCAGAGUUGUGCCUUUUUGUCCCUCAGACUUUGUUACAAGUAGCUUUGGUACUUCAACAAGUUUCAAGAAGACCAUUAACCUGUAGACCACUAAGGGUGACCAAUAUCUAGUUUCUCCUUACAAUAUCAC